AUGCUCCCCUAUCACUUGGCCCUCUUGGCAGUGAUGUCGCUCACAGUGACCAGUGUAUCGACGAAGACCACUCAACGGCCAAAGUACCAAUACACCAAGAAGCCCAUGCCUUACCGCGAACAGCCCCAGAUUACCAUGCAGCCCCUAACCACCAUCAUCCCUAAGACACUGAAAUCAGUGAAGAAAUCAGAUCUCAUGGACCCCUACCCCCUGGCUACCACAGAGACCACACCCUACCCCAGUGAUGCCUACCAGGACUACUAUACUGAAAGCACAGGGCCCCCUGGUGUUGGGCAUGAUAAUUACACCCUGGAUUAUAACGAGUGCUACUUCAAUUUUUGUGAGUGCUGUCCACCAGAGAGGGGCCCUCGAGGGCCAAAAGGGGACAGAGGACUACCAGGUAUUGAAAUCACUAUAACAACAUAGGGACAUUUAACAAUAGCAGUAUGCUGUAGUGGUGAUCCAUGGAUUUUGAUGUCUUGUUGAAACUAUUUUCUCCCAGGUUCACCUGGAGAAGAGGGGGAGCGAGGACCCAGAGGCUUUCCUGGACUGGCUGGUUCAAAUGGAACUACAGGGCCAAAAGGAGACAGAGGUGAACACAAAAGAGAAACAAUACAUUAUUUAUAAGAAAUAUGUACACUUUACAGGCUGUGUGAGCAAACAGUAGAUUUAUUGAUUAUUCAAAGUUGUCUGUUAUCUAUCUCACUUUCCCAGGAGUUAAAGGUGACCAAGGAUACCGUGGAAUGGCAGGAACUCCGGGUAUCCCAGGGAAGCCAGGAGAGAGAGGUAACAAGCCAUUCCUUUUAACACAUGUAGGCAUGUGAUCGGUACAACAUAGAAAAUCAUGAAACAAGGCUACCUGUACCUGUUCAAGCCUCCAUAAAUGAUUAUUAAAUCAAACAUGUAGAAUCGAUUCAUAUCAUAUCUUCCUCAUAGAUUCUGUCUGGGCCUAGUUGCUGAAACUUACACUGUGCUCUGCGCCCUGCAGGUGGAUUUGGCUUCAAAGGUGAAAAAGGUGACAGCGGGCCCCCUGGGGUCAAAGGUGACCGGGGGGAGCAGGGUGAAAGCCAAAAUGGGGCUAAGGGUGAGAGAGGGGAACCUGGAAUGGAAGGCCCAACAGGACCCCCAGGGCUGGCUGGGGCACAAGACAUGAAGGGGGACAAGGGGGACAAAGGGGAGUGUGGGACAUUUGGGGAAAGAGGACUGAAGGGCGAUAGAGGGGACCCUGGGCCUCCAGGUAUUCAGGGACAGGUGGGCCUUCCUGGGGUAGAUGGCAUGCAGGGCUCCCCUGGUGUGGCGGGCAACCAGGGGGCUCCAGGACCUCCAGGGGCUCAAGGUGAGCCAGGGGUGAUAGGGCUGCCUGGUCCCCAGGGAGGGAGGGGGAUGUUUGGGCCAAAGGGUGACAGAGGCCCCCCCGGGAUGAGAGGGGACAGGGGCCCUCGGGGGAUCAGAGGGGCGAAGGGUAACGGGGUGAUUCAGAAACGCUCAGCUUUCAGUGUGGGCCUCUCCCCCAGCAAGUCCUUCCCUCCAUCGGGCUUCCCAGUCCGCUUCGACAAGGUCUUCUACAACGGAGAGAACCACUUCAACGCCUCCUCCAACAGCUUCACCUGUGCCCACGGGGGGGUCUACGUGUUCUCCUACCACAUCACUGUGCGGAACAAGCCCCUGCGCGCCGCCCUGGUAGUCAACGGGGUGAGGAAGGUGCGGACGCGGGACUCACUGUACGGCCAGGACAUCGACCAGGCAUCCAGCCUGGUGCUGCUGCAGCUGUCGGCGGGGGACCAGGUAUGGCUAGAGACACUGAGGGACUGGAAUGGAGUCUACGCCAGCAGUGAGGAUGACAGCACCUUCUCUGGCUUCCUGCUCUACGCUGACAAGCCCUGA